AUGUAUGAUGAUGAGCGCUGUGACAGUUGCGAUUUCCCUAUAGAAGAUAUAAAUAGCAAGAGCUUCCGGGCCAAACUCGAGAUACCAAGUCUAUGUUUUAGGCACAUUGUUGGCCACAAAGGAGAAACGAGGAGGAAAAUUGAAGAGGCCACCAAUGUUAAAAUAAAGCUACCCCCAAUUGGGCAAGAGGGUUCAGUAGUUAUAACAGGACAAGACAAAAACAACAUAGCAUCAGCAUGCACUCGAGUUAUGUUGAUAGUCGAAGCCGAAAGGAAGAAACAGCCGUUCAGCCAUUUCGUCUCUUUCUCAGUCGCCACUAACGAAAUUAUAAAUAAUUUUUUGUCAUUUAAAGAAGGCGUUCUCAAGGAUUGUGACGCUAAAGGAAUCGAUGAGACAAUAUUUCAAAACCCUAGCAAGCUGCAUAUGACGUUGGGCGUCAUGGUCCUGCUUGAUAGUAAGGAGGUUGAGAGAACUGAGCAAGUUAUAAGGGGCUGCAGAGAGGAAUUGAAGAAGUCCGGUCUAUUAGACAAACCGCUCUCCAUAAAGUUGAAAGGUCUGGAGUACAUGAACGAUGACCCGUACUCCAUUGACGUUCUUUACGCUAAAAGUAGAAGGAGAGAUAGUGAAGGAAGCAGACUUCAGCACAUCUCUGAUAGCAUCACUAAUCCACUAAUCUCGGCCGGCCUAAUGACAAAGCAGUACGACCACGUCAAACUCCAUGUAACUCUGAUGAACACUGCAUUCAGGAAGGAAAACGUCUGUUUUAACAGUAGCAGUAGUAGUGGUAGAGAUGGUUUCAAAGGUAGAGAGUGCUUUGAUGGUACAAAAAUUUUUGAAAAAUUUCGAGAUUUUUAUUUCGGUAGCUUGGAUCUAGACAGGGUGCACAUUUCUAGAAGGUUUUCUACUGACAAUAAGACAGGGUACUACACUGACGAUGGCUUGGUCAUGUUGCUGGGAUGA